AUGACAUCUACUAACUAAAGAAGUGAGCCAGCUGAAAACUCUCUCAAAAAUGCUGAAAAUGAACCACGAAAUACCUGUGAGAAUGAGUAAGAACAUCCGCUUCCUGAUACCAACAUUUCUCAGGUGGAAACCAAUGUAUCAGGCAGAGAGCUGAGUUCAUCGAGUUCUGAGGAGGAUAAGGAUACCCAGGAAGUAGAAAACAGUCAAUCUGAAUAGGAGAACACUCAAAAUUAUUCCCAAGAUGAAGAAUUAAUAGAUACUCUUCAACUUCAGAUACCCAUUCCUAGACAGCUGACCAUCCCUAGGUUUACAUUAUGUAAUUAUCUGAGUAUCCCACAACCACAACUUCAUGAAAAGUCCUUAUGUGAUAAAAUGAUGUCCUAUCUAGUGAGGAUGGAGAUGAGAGUAAGUGAUUACUUUCAUAGCCCCAUACAUGGCAUCAUGCUACAUCCAUGUUACCUUGUGUGGUGAGUCACAUUCUUUAAUACUGAUAAGAUAAGCAGAAAUUUCUCUCAACCAGAAUGUCUCCAACACAAUGCAUGGAUAAAACAAAAAAUCGUAGAAGUUCUUGCUUACCAAAAUGUCAACAAUCUCCAAAGGAACAAGCCUUUGAAAAUAUAUUGCUAUCGCCUUUGUGAAAGACUGACUCAAAGAAAAACUAAGUUACAUCAAAACGAGAAUGGAAACCAUCUUUCUGUGAGGCCACAACAGUUCCGAACCUAGAAUACUGUCCAUAGAAAAGUUUUGGAAAAUAAUUGGAGAACUCGUCAUAAGCUGAGGCUAAUAAUCAUAAUGUACAACAAUAACUGUAAAUAUCUGUAUCCCAUCUGUGGUUGUUGUUUUAACAACUAUUAUCAUUUUAAACAUCAUUCUUGCAGCUUUUCUGAAAAUUUAGUUAAAACACUUAAUUUAAUUUUUCAUUUUAAAUUCUAA